AUGAUUUUUGGAAUGGGUUACUUUGGUCUUGGUAGUUCGGAGUACCGCAGGACGGACUACUCGUACAACAGCGAGCUCAGGCGCAACAACGAGAUCAACACGUUCAAGUCGAGGUUCGAGGAGGACAGGAAGAACGCGGCCGCGCACUUCUACGCCGCGCAGGAUUACGCCGGCAGGGGCGCGGAAACGGCGAAACGGCACCACGAGUUCGAUCAGAUCGACCGCCGGUUGUACGACAAGCCCGAGAAGUACACGUCCACGGUGUUCGUCGACACUUCCGGCAGGGGCAGGGCCGACGGCACCGACGCCCGGCAACGGGACAGCACCGAGUAUCAUCCGAGGCAGCCGUCCACCCAGCCCGCCGGCAUCAUCUCGAACAAGACGUCCGAGCUGAGCGCGAGACGCGACCUGCUCGAGUCGCGGAUCAAGUCGAGGCUCCUCGCGGACGAGAUGUUCGCGAAGAGCGGCACCGCGAACGUGCCGGUGAAGAAGUCCGAGCACGAGAUCAUCGACAAGCCGAUCGUGCCGUCGCCCGUCACGCCGAACCGAGUCGCGUCCCCGAAACGGUACAUGGACACGUACAUCACGGAGACGAGGACCAACAGCAACGGCGAGAAGUACAUAUUCGAGAAGGAGAUACACGAGGACAACGGCAAGGUCUACGGCUACGAGAAGAAGAUCACGAACAAGAUCCCGCAGGACGUCGAGCCGAAGCCGAGGGACGGCUACACCGUCGAGACCAGGACGGACAAGUACGGGGACAAGUACAUCGUCGAGACGAGGACGCACGAGGGCUACGCGGACGAUUACAAGCCGUUCCUGGGCAACCGCAACAGGGCCAGCCCCGACGAUCGGUUCCAGGGUAUCAGGGGGUCGAGCAGCCCCUACAAGGUCUCCAGCUUCCACCAGGACGAGCAUUUCCGCGAGUCCAAGGAGAACACCGCGCUCCCGUCGCCGAUCCUCGCGAAGAAGUUCACCACGACCGAGAGGAAGUUCUCGAAGAGCGAGGACUUCUUAGACCGCGACGCCAGGCCUAGAGAUCCCUACCUGCCGAAGAAGAAGAACUUCGAGUCGAUACGCGGCAUGAGCAAGUCCACCCAGCGGCUCGACGAGAUCGGCGAGAACGCGAGGAUGAGGGCGCUCAGGAGCGAGUACACGACCAGGUCCCACGAGAACCUGACCAGCAGCCACGCGGACUACGUGAACGCCAGGGACAUGCGCCGGCCGCUUUUGGAGAGCCCGAUGAUCAACGGCCGCAAAGAGCGCUCGCCGUUCGCCAAGAGGCACUUGGACAGCCUCAGGGAGGGGCCGAACGACGACUACGACACGGACAUCUCGCAGAUGACGAACAGCCAGCUGGAGUCGAAGUACUACAAAGAGACGCGCACGACCCAGCGGUACACGAGCAGCAAGCACCCGCUCCACGACGAUUACGACAGCUCCCCGCCGAGGAUACGCACCGACCGCGGCGGCUACAAUUCCAGCCGCUACGAUUCCGACACGACCGCCAGGGACUCGAUCCGCUGCGAGACCAGAUACGACGAGAGCUCGAGGACCCUGCGCAAGGAGCACCGGAAGCUCGACGAGGACCCGAAGAAGCCGCUGCGCAGGUCGCGCAAUCGGUUGGACUACUUCGACGACUCGGACGCCAGGGACAGUCCCCGGGUGAAGGCCUCGGUCGGCCGGCUGGAGCCUUUCGACGAGAGCCCGACCAGGCCCAACAGAGUCUUCCACGAGGGCGGCAAGUCCAGGCACGCGAGGCAGGAGGCCCGCUCGCACACCGAGCGCAGGCAGCGCGAGACACGGCUCAGCGACUGCGACCGGAAGGACCGUCUGGCCGAUUCCGGGAUCGAGAACGAUUACAGGCGUGACUCGCAGGAGGUCGACCGGCGGGAGCAGAUCGAGUCCGAGGACGAGGGAUUCGUCACGAGGCAGUUCAUCAAGCAUGAACGCCGGCACACCGAUCGGAACAUGAACCUGACCGCGUCCGAGCAGCGGAAGUACGACAAGUACUCGAGCGAGAUCGCGAAGCCCGGCGGGCCGCCGGUCACCGCGAAACCGCCGUCCGGCGCUGACAAGAAGUACGAGAAGAAGGCGGCGAAGAAGAGCGGAACGAUGAGCAAAGUGAAGCAGCUGUUCAGCAAGAAGGAGAAGAAGGCGAAGGAGGAGAAGAACAAGAAGAGCGGCAGGCCCGCCGGCGGCGGCGGCGGCGGGGCCCUCACCGACGACGAGGUGACGAUGAGGUACAGGGAGUACCGCGGCGAUCAACUGAGGAGCGCGAAGAGCGCCAGGGAUUUGGGCAGCGACAUCAAUCAGGAGGAGUACAGCCAACGCAGACGCCUAUCCACUCCCAGCGGCAGUCCGAGUCCAUCCAGACCGACGAGGCUGUCGAGAUCUACGGGUACACUGACCAGAGACGAGGAGAGCUUUUGCGAUUCGUCGAACACCCUCACCAGAGAAAACCAGGGCCAAGAAGCAGAGAGAAAGGGAUGGUUCAAGUCUCUGUCCAGGAAAAAUAAGUCUAACAUCAAAGCGGUGGAUAAGAAGCCCAGGAUACCGGAGAGCGAGAUCCUGACGACCGGCACCGAGGACGAGGAGGCCUCGUCCGCCCCCGAACGAGUCUCCGUGCAGAAGAACCUGCGUUUCUUCGGCGAUACCGAUCAGGAGUCCGUUUCGUCUAAUAGAGAUCGCAGAAGCAAACGAGCCGACGACCAUGCCUGCUCAGGGCGUGAUGUUACGAACUCCAGCCGUCACAGCUUGGGAAUCCUGUCGCCGCCACGGAAACCACCCCGACUCGCCGAGAGCGCGUUGUCUUCCGGCGAGAGCACGACAGGGGACAGCAGUCAGCAGAGCCAGAACUCCCAGAGAUCGCAGAGAUCCGUGGUCUACCUUCACGCUGCUACAGUGGGUGAGAUACCUGGCCCGAAUGAGAGACGCAGAGCGGCGAGCAGGGAGGAACUGAAUCGACCCCUACAAUCGCACACGAGAACGGUAUCGAGGAGCGUGAGCGUUCUCGCGCCCUGGAAGCCGAGACACUACAGGGAACCUUUUGAAAUCAACUACGAUCAGCAACUGCAUCCGAAGUCAAUGGCGACUAUGAGACGCAGACAGAGAAGUCGUGAGACGCUGAGCCGCCGUGGGAAAGACCCGCGCCGAAGCAAAGACAAUCUCUCGAAAACCGGCACAAUCAAUCGCAGCACGUUGAAAUCGAAAGACAAGCAGAAGGUGGAUAGAACCGUCUCCACGGAAUCGUUGGCCACCAAGUCACGGAGCGUCAACUCGAAACCAGAACUAAGCAGGUCCACAUCUGUUCCACGUGAUCCGAACAAGAGCGCGGGAUGGUUCAAGCUGAAGAGCAAGAAGUCCCGAGCCUGAGGGGGAGGCCAUUGAUCAAUGCUAGUCUUGAGUUUCAUUAAGUAAUUCGUAAUUGUUAAGAGUUUAACUGUAAACGUUUGCCGGCGAUC